AGGGAUGUUAUUAUCACUUUUGGACCUUAUGAUCCUCUUUUGAGUGACUGUGGUCAGUAUUCUUCUCUCUAUCAAAUGGCGCCAAAGGACAUCUCUCUUUCACUUGCCAUUGUUUCUUUAAUGGUUCAUUUUAGGUGGUCAUGGGUUGGUCUCAUCCUCCCAGAUGACCACAAAGGCAAUAAAAUUCUAUCAGAUUUUAGGGGGGAGAUGGAGAAAAAAGGGAUCUGCAUAGCUUUUGUAAAAAUGAUCCCAUCCACAUGGAUUUCAUAUUUUCCCAAUUUCUGGGAAAAUAUGGACAAGACAAAUGUAAUAGUUAUUUAUGGUGACAUUGAUUCUCUAGAAGGUCUAAUGAGAAAUAUUGCACAAAGAUUAUUGACAUGGAAUGUCUGGGUAAUGAACAUUGAAAAUCAUCUUACUGACAGAGCUGAUUAUUUCAUGUUAGACUCAUUCCACGGGAGCCUAAUUUUUAAGCACAAUUACAGAGAAAAUUUUGAGUUUACCAAAUUUAUUCAAACAGUUACCCCUGAUAAAUACCCAGAAGACAUUUAUCUUCCUAAGUUGUGGUAUUACUUUUUCAAAUGCCCCUUUGCUGACAGUUAUUGUCAUGUUUUGGACAACUGUCAAUCCAAUGCUUCUUUGGAUGUAUUACCUCAUCACAUAUUUGAUGUGGCCAUGAGUGAAGAGAGCACAAAUAUUUACAAUGGUGUCUAUGCUGUAGCUCACAGCCUCCAUGAGAUGAGAUUUCAACAACUACAAAUGCAACAAGAUGAAAAUGAAGAGGAGAUGGUGUUCUUUCCAUGGCAGCUUAACACUUUCCUGAAGGAGAUUGAAGUGAGAGACAAAAGGAGUUUAGAUUGGAGACAGACAAGAGAUGCAGAAUAUGACAUUCUUAACCUUUGGAACUUACCAAAAGGUCUUGGAUUAAAAGUGAAAAUAGGAUCCUUUUCUGCAAAUGCUCCCCAGGGUCAACAGUUGUCUUUAUCUGAACAGAUGAUACAAUGGCCAGAAAUAUUUUCAGAGAUCCCUCAGUCUGUGUACAGUAAGAGUUGUGGGCCUGGAUUCAGGAAAGUAACUCUGGAGGGCAAGGCCAUCUGCUGCUACAAGUGCACUCCUUGUGCAGAAAAUGAGAUUUCUAAUGAGACAGAUGUAGACCAGUGUGUGAAGUGUCCAGAGAGUCAUUAUGCAAAUACAGAAAAAAACAACUGCUUCCAAAAAUCUGUGAGCUUUCUGGCCUAUGAAGACCCCUUGGGGAUGGCUCUGGCUGCAAUUUUAUAAUGUCUUAGUCCUUUGUCUAACUAUAUAAUAGUGUUUUAG